AAAAAAUAAAACAGAGACGACGAAAAGGAACUUGUUUUAGGAACAAAAAAAGAACUUCAUUUUUCAGAAUAGGGUCCCCCGAUGGAGACCGGACACGGACCAAGCGGCGGUGCCCUGGGCGGUGACGAUCUAUCCCCGUCGUCUCCCGCGGCAGCCAUAUCACGGUGGACUUUCGAGGUGUCGCGGCGAUACCAGCACCUCCUGGAUAAGACGGUUCCUCACGUUCUCUACCGUUGGAUCGGGUGUCUGCUGGUGGUUUUGAUCUACGCCGUACGCGUGUACUUCGUGCAGGGAUUCUACAUCAUCACCUACGGCCUCGGCAUCUACUUGCUGAAUCUGUUGAUGGGGUUCCUUUCUCCUCAGGUGGACCCCGAGAUGCAGGAUGGCCCCUCGCUACCCACCCGCGGAUCCGAUGAGUUUCGCCCUUUCGUUCGCCGACUCCCCGAAUUCAAAUUCUGGUACUCGUUUACAAAUGCUUUCUGCAUUGCUUUCGUGAUGACAUUCUUCAGUGUGUUUGAUGUGCCCGUCUUUUGGCCAAUACUCCUUUUCUAUUGGUUAAUGUUAUUAAUCAUAACCAUGAGGAGACAGAUUCAACACAUGAUCAAAUACAAAUAUGUUCCUUUCUCAUUCGGGAAACAGCAAUACGAUGGCAAGAAGGUGUCUUCAACAGAAAGCACAAACCUUCCCAGAGAUUAAACUCCUCGGGUGUGUGUGUGUGUCUAUAUUUAUCUCCGUAUAAUUUACUGGUAAUACAAGUGCACUUAUAGGACCAUUAGUUACACAUUGAAUAUUUUUUGAAUUUUCGCCUGCCUUUUACUGGAUUCAACUUUCAGGUGUAGUUGUGAAGUUUAGCAUUAGAUAAACCAAAGUUAUGGGCACAGAAAACUUUGUAUGGAAGGGACCUGCAACAUUUGUCGUCGCCUAUAACUUCAUCCAAUGACAUGUAUUUUUAAUUUAGAUAACUACCCAAUCAGGCGGUGCGAUUGGUUUAUAUGAAAUUCUAGUUUUGAUUUGUACUUUUGAAAUACCCUAUCAUUAAAUUCAUA